AAUCUGACAGGUGAUGUGUGGAGCCUAGCGGAAUCUCAAGUGUACUGGUUUUUCAGACCUGUAAUAGGAACUUUGGUGUAGUUGUUGGUGGGACGAUAACACACUGACUGGACACUUUCUCCUUUCCUGGUUCCCGCAUUCCAAAUAUCUUACCACCCCAUAAGUUUUUAACACAGGUUUCUCUUGGUUUGCGAUUUUACCAGACACACUUCCAAACCCAUUGCAGACACAGAGACCACGGAGCGCCCCCUGCUCUGUUCCAUGCAGUACUCUAUUGGGUAGCCUCCUUGAAGCCAUCACCGCCAUGGGUCUCCUGUCUAUUUUCUCACCACGUGGGGGUCGAAACAGAAAGAGAAAGAAGCCACCGGUCCCACGGGUGGUCGAGGACACCCUGGGCCGGUCCGUGACCCGUAGCGUGGGUGGCUUUGCCUUGGGCAUGGUCCUCGCCACAGCCUAUGGGGCAAUGGUCAUUUUCGUGCAGGGGUACAACAUCUGGUAUUGCCUUCUGUCGACCAUCACCCUGGCCCUUGGGCUUGGCCUUGGUAUGGCCUUCUCAUGCAAAGUUCGUGUCACCGUCCUUCUCAUGCUGCCCCAGAUCUUCUCAAGUAAGUGUGGAAAAACCCAAGACAAGUGAAAAUAAUACAGUCCCCAGACAGAAUUGGAGGCGGGGAGCAGGAAAUGGCGUUGUGAGCCAAACAGAAUCCACUAUUUUGAAGAACGACCCACAGCGAAAGCUGCUAUUCUUUGGGGGCUAUUCCUACCCCUAAUACUGGCUACUUGAGAGAACAAGGGCUGUAGCUCGCUGGGCAUAGCUGUCAACUGUCCCUUAUUUGGCGGGAAAGUCCCUUAUCCCAGUGCCGUGUCCCGCUGCUGUCCCUUAUUGAUGAUGUCCCUUAAAUUUCCCGGGUUUCAAAGGAAGCAGCUCCUCUCCCUCCCGCCCUGCCAGCCAGGGAGGAGGGAGGCUCCAGCUGUGUUGCUUGGCUGCGUUGCUCGCCCAAUAAGGAGUCUAAGGACGACUGGGGGGUGGAGCUUGCAUGCCUUGUGCCGAUCAAAUCGGCCGCGUUGCCUGGGGACUCGCCUUUGCUCAGCGCUUCCCAGCGGAGAGGUGACAGUGGUUUUCCUUGCUGCAUCCCCUUUGCCGGGUUGCUGCGCUGUGGGAACCACCGCUUGAGGCUUCGUUUGGCUGCUGGCUGGGCCUUCUGCCUUUGGCUCGGAGGGGCUCAGAAGUUGAACAUACCUGUGCUUGGAAAAUCCCUUAUUUUGGCUGCUGGUCCCUUAUUUUCAAAUCUGUAAGUUAACAGCUAUGUCGCUGGGAGAGCAUCUGCCUUACACACACAAGGUCCCAGUUUCGAUGCCUGGCAUCUCCAGGUAGGCCUGAGAGGAGACAGCUGCAAACAGCCACACUCCGCACUGCAACAUUUUGUUGAAGCGCCUCACUCAGUGCUGUUGGCAGGGCCGGCGACAGACAGCUGCAGUUCUGGGGCAGGAGGAGAAAGGCUUCCCUGAGAGGGACCCCACUCAGCCUCUGACGCUUUUCUAUUCUGUCUCCCAUCUCUAUCGCCCCCUACAGAGGAAGGCAAGACCAUGUUGUUGAUCCUGGCAUUCGGCUUGGCCAUGGAGGGCCCCUUCGCCAACAUCAUCCGCAACUUCACCCGGUGCGCCGAUGCCGUGUCGUGUGGCGCCGAACUCGCCCUCAACCAGACGGCAGAAAUGCUGCAGAGGGCCCGCGAGCCCCUGAUCAGUGAGACGACGGGGUUUUGUUGCUGCUCCGCUUGCACCAGCCUUGCACUUUUAUCCCUGGCUGGGUUGGAAGUGUAUUUUUUGAAAGGCAGGGGUUGGAAGACCUCUGUCCACAGGAGUUGAAUGGGGCCCUCUGGGCCUCUCUGUCUGGUACAGUGGUACCUCGGGUUACAUACGCUUCAGGUUACAUACGCUUCAGGUUACAGACUCCGCUAACCCAGAAAUAGUACCUCGGGUUAAGAACUUUGCUUCAGGAUGAGAACAGAAAUUGUGCUCCGGCGGCACAGCGGCAGCAGGAGGCCCCAUUAGCUAAAGUGGUGCUUCAGGUUAAGAACAGUUUCAGGUUAAGAACGGACCUCCGGAACGAAUUAAGUACAGUGGUACCUCGGGUUAAGUACUUCAUUCAUUCCGGAGGUUCGUUCUUAACCUGAAACUGUUCUUAACCUGAAGCACCACUUUAGCUAAUGGGGCCUCCUGCUGCCGCCGCGCCGCCAGAGCACGAUUUCUGUUCUCAUCCUGAAGUAAAGUUCUUAACCUGAAGCACUAUUUCUGGGUUAGCGGAGUCUGUAACCUAAAGCGUAUGUAACCUGAAGCAUAUGUAACCUGAGGUACCACUGUACUUAACCCAAGGUACCACUAUACUCUGAAUUCUCCCCAGGCCACGCCUCCUCUCCCUAGGCCCUGCCCCCUCAGCAGCCCAGGCCACGCCUUCUCCCCCAGACCACGCCCCUCAGCAACCCAACUUCACACCCUCCUCAAGUGUUUUUUCCUGUCAUGCUCCCUUGAAGAGGAAGAAUGUCUCUUGCUUGCCUUACUUGCGCUGUGCAAAGGCAAUAUUUCCCUCCGUGGCCCCACCCACUUUUUGUCUCUGACAUCGCCCACCACUAGCGUGUGAUUCCGCAAAAGUUUCUGGGGGAAAGAUCUUGCCAUCUCCCCUGAGAUCUUGUGAUGAAGUGCGGUAUAUAAAUCCAAUAAAUAAACAAAUAACAAAAUAAAAAUGAAUUGUAGAAUCACAGAAUUGUACAGUUGGAAGACCCCUGAGGGGCAUCUGGGUAAAACCCCUUGCAGUGCAGGAAUCCUGCCCACAGACAUCCCUACGUGGGCUCGAACCACCAACCUUCUGGUUAACGGUCAGACACACAAUCAAACAAACAACCCCCAGAUGCAUCUGGUAAACCCCAAAGCAGGACAGAGUGCAGCAGCACCAAACUGGUAAUUCAGAGGCACAUGAAUGCCUCUGACAUUGGAGGCAGAACAUCUCUACUGUGGCUGGUAGCAGUUGCUAGCCUCUGUGAUUUUGCUGAAUCCACUUUUAAAGCCAUCUAAGUUGGUUGCCAUCACUGCCUCCUUUUGGAGCAUAUUCCUUAGUUUCUGUGCUUAUCUGUCCCAAAUUUCCAGGCAUUCAGCUCCCUUGGGUGCCCAACGGUGUUGAUGACGCAGCCUAUCUACUUUCUCCACGCCAAACAUCCUCAUUAACCAUUAACUGUCCUAACGUGGGCUGAUGUAGGCUUGCCAUACAUCAGGAAAAUUCCUGACACGUCUUGGUUUUCAGGUGUAAAAAUGGCGUCGGGGGGGAAUUUUGCUGAAUUGGCAAAAUGUCAGGGAAAACCUGGAUAUAUGGUAACAUGAUGGAAAAAGCAGCGGAAACAGCUCAAAAAGCUUAGAAUCGCUAUUUUUGGGUUAGGUUUCCCCCCAAAAAAGCUCAGGAAUUUUACUUUCUGAAAUCUGGCCACCCUAGCUGAUGGGAAUAGGAGUCUAGCAACUUUAGAAUGGCACCAACACUGCCUACGCCUUCAGUCCUGGCACUGUUCUUGGUUCUUAAUAGACACCGACCAUAUUUAAGGUGGGCUCUCUCCCAACAUCUUCUGCCUAGAUGCACUACGAAAAAUCAAGGACAUCGCUCAGAAGGCAAAGGUGGUUGGUGACCGCGUCCGAAAGCUUUUCCGAUCUGUCAUGGACUCUGUACGGCACGUGGGUGAGUUUGAAUGGGCGAAGAAUGGGUUGGGAUGAAGGAAGGAUGCAAGAAGCCAAAGAGAUGGACUAAAGGGGUUGCACCUAUAAUAAUAAUUUAUUAUUUAUACCCUGCCCUUCUGGCUGGGUUUCCUAUGGUGUCACCUGUGGGAUCAAAUGAGAAGAGAGCUUUUGGCUAACUCCACCCUACCACAAGACAGGUAGUUUACCCACAGAGACUGUCUGUCAUUAUUACGAUUAUCAUCCUCAUCAUCUUUGAAUUACUAAUCACAUUUCAAACCAAUUUACAGGUAAUAAAAACUAAAUGUAAUAAUAAUAAUAUGUGUUCGUUUGUUUAUAUACCAAAAGUUGCUUUGAGUUACCUUGGUAAAAAGAAGAAAAAGCAAUCAAUAAAUUUAAUAAUAAUAAUGAAUGCAUCUAUAACUCAAAACAACCUAUGGUAUAUAAACAAACAAACAAACAUAUCCAUUAAAGCUGGCACAAAAGAAGAGAAAAACCUAAAGCACGAUCCUCUUCUAAGAAGGCAGGAAUAAAACAUCCCACCCAGUCAAGGAGGUCACAGAUCAUAGCUGUCAACUUUUCCCUUUUCUUGCGAGGAAUCCUAUUCGGAAUAAGGGAAUUUCCCUUUAAAAAAAGGGGAACGUUGACAGCUAUGCCACAGAUUAUUAUUAUUUAUUAAUUAGCCGCCCUUCACCCUAAGGUAUGAGUUACGACAUUAAAACACAAUAUUAAAAAUAGUUUAAAACAGCCUACAAAUUAAAAGUUAAAGGCCUGGUGAAAGAAGAUUGGUUUCCCCCAGGGCCUAAAAUGGUGUCAGGCUGGUCUCUCGGGGAGAGCUUUCCGCAAGCGGAAUUAAAAACAGACAAGCAAAGUGUACACUUGUGGUAAAGACCCAUUUAUCCAGCUGGAAAAACCUGCCAGGACAAAAAUAUAUUCAGUAUCCAGGAAGUGCAGCUAGUGGGGGCCCCUGUCAUAUCUGGACAGCGAUACUGUUCCACAGAACAGGUACAGCCCUCCUAAAAGCCCUGCUCUGAGAGAGUGGGUUUCUGAAAUAUUUGGGAUUUGCAGGAGAGACCCUGCCGCAAACCGCAGUGAUCUCCUGGAUAUAUAAGGGAUAAGGCCGUCUCUCAAGUAACCUGGUCCUGAGCUGGAGAAGGACAUAAUAUACCUUGAACUUUGUUAAUGGAGAAAUCUGAGGGCUCCCUUGGACCAAAAACCAAGAACACCAGCCAGGAAUACCAGAGCAAAACAGCAGCCAGUAGGCUUGGUCUUUAUUGAAGACUGUCGCGACAGGACUCCCACCUGCCACCAGGUGGAACAAGAUGGAAGCCCUGAACAAAAGAAGACCCCAACUUUUAUUAGCUACUAAUCCCCCAUGCUACACCCCAAAGACUACAUCAUGACUACAUCAUUGACACAUCACAAAGAGGAGGGGUUCAGGGAGGAGUUGUGGUGGUAACCUGAGUGUCUUGUCACCUGUCCGGUUCCUCCUUUCCCCCUCCCCAUGAUUACAUUCCUGAGGACAAAGAGGAGUUCACUGUUUCCUGCCCCCAGAGGGAAGGGCUGGUCACUGUCCUUUGUUUCAGUCCAUACUGAAUCCACUUCCAUAUGCAGGUCCUUUGUGAGUGUAAAGAUCUUCUGUCUAGGACCAUCAAGGUUGGCAUGCCAACUGGGUAGAGCUUGCUGCGGAUGUGUUGGCACGCUUGGGGAUUAUGGCUGCCUUGUGUCAAGUCUCCCCCCCUUUGAUAGUUCUUCCUUCAUGGUGUAAAAUAAAAGUGGAAUGGUACAGAUCCGAUGUACGGCUGAUUUUUUAUGAAUUUAUAACUGAAGCGUCGCGUAUGUCGUGUGUGUGAGUGUGUGUGUGUCGUGUUUGUACAAACAAUGAUGGGGGGGGGCGUUCCUGCAAUAGUUCCCCCACUGGCCCAGCGGAAGACUCGCCACGAGUUCAAAUCCUGCCAACAGGGUGUUAUUGGCCAGCAGCCACAAUCAGCCUAGCUGCUGCACUCUGCGCGUGCACCAGACAGUCAAAUUCACACUUUUCUCCUCUGCCCCUUCCUUCCGUGCAGCUCACUGCCUGCGCAACGUGUGGUACUUCCUCCUCAACUUGGGCGAGGUCUGCAACGAGGAGAUGGGCACCCCCUACCGGAAGUGCGCCCGUCUCUUUGACAACGCCAAGGACACGUGCGAGCGGGCAAUCCCCUUCCUCUACUUCCUCUGCUCCGUCGUCCUGCUCUUCAAGUACCUCUGCGGCCUGGCUAAUAGUGAGCGUGAACUUUGACCCCUUGACCCUCCUGCCGCCCGUCCGAUGGCUGCACUUGACCUCUGGCACUAGGGCAGCGGUCAGUGGGAUUCUGUUGUCUCCAGCCCUUCAUCCCCAAACCUCUGACCCUUCGCUGGCUUAGUCACUGCUUAGCGUGAUCCCCGAUCUCUCAUCAACCUAGUCACUGCUGUGCUGGGCCCGGGGUUAACCCGAGUAACGCGGUCCAGGUCUGGUCCCAAAUGCAAGGGUUCCGCAAGGAGUCAGUCCGACAGGCAGGAAGCCAGGCAAAGUCAGACACAGGAUCACAGGCAGGUUCUGGCAAACUGCAACCUUUGCAUAUUUUUUGUGCAUUUUUGAAGGAUUGCGUUGGAUUGUGAUUUUGAGCUGAGUAGUAUUUUUCUGAGAGAACUUCCUGGUAAGCACAUGGUCUUUUGUUCUAUUGUGCAGCGGGGAUUAAGCAACGCCCCCCCUCCCUCAGAGUUCACAGUGACCCAAGGCAGUGAAGAUUUGUUUUGUAUUUUGAGAUUUUGAUUUUAGAAUUUUGACCAAUUUUAGAAUUUUGAAUAUUUUUCAAAUUUUAGAAUCCUAAGAUGGCUAGAGCAGCUUUUGAUAGUGAUGCUAAACUAGGAAUGCCUGUGCUAAAUGAAUACAAUUUUGUGCAAUUGAAGCAAACCACUUUCUUGGGCAUCUCUCUGGACUUUGUAAAUUGCCUAGACGCAUAACUACUGUCCUUGCUUCUAGCAUUUCUUACUGGAGACCCAGCUCUCCCUCUGCAUUCCUCUCUUAAAUGACUGGUUGCUCCCACAACCUGGGGCUGGGUCCAGCAGCCUUUUAUCUCUGACGGGGGUAACAGCUGGUCCUGAUCCCCCGGCAACUCACUUCCCUGUCUCGCCCGAAGGCGAGCACUCCUCCUGCGAGUACUCAGGUCUCUCCUUCUCUCAGCUCGAGAGACGUCGGUGGGUUACUAGACCCAGGGGCCGCCUCAGCCUCCCCUGACCCAACUGGUAGUGGAGCAGAUGUAAGUGAUGGCCCAGCUGGAGGCAACGUGGUCAUCCCCGCCUCUGGAGCCAGGGCAGGCUCAGGCCCCUGACUUGGCCCAGCUGGUGCUUGUUGCAGGGGGAACCUGUGCAGACUGGGACUCUUCAGGAUCAGGCCCCAGACUUGGUUCAGGUGAUGCCUGAGGCAAAGGAUCCGGUGCAGACUGAGACUCCUCUGGUUCCGAGUCCGAGCCCAAGUCUCAGGCCAUCACAACUGCUUACUGUGACCUCUGACCUCUUGCUAAGCUAAUCGCUGUUUAGCAUGACCUAUGGCCGCUCGUUAGCCAAGUCCUUGCCCAGUGUGACUCCUGACCUCUGACCCUUGGUUCACUUAGUUUCUGCUUAGCAUGACCCCUGACCUAUGACCUCUUCGGACUUUUCACUGCUUAGCAUGACUCCACAUUAGUCUAGUCACUGUUUGUGACCUAACCAGCACAAACUAUGCUUAUUCAGGAUAGACACGGCAUAGCUCCUCUAGCUCCUACAAGCCUGGUCACUAUUUAGGAUGACCCCUCAUCGUUUCUGCCUACCGUGACCCCCGGCCUUAAUCAAAGUCCAUGAAGCGGCCUCUGAGCCCCUCGUCCACCUGCUUAACGUUACCCUUGACCUCUCAUGAGCCAUGUCACUGCUUUGUGCAACCUCUGACCCCUUCGUCAUCCUAGUGUGAGCCUUGACCUCUGGUGUCUGUGGCAAAUAGCUAGCGUGACUCAGGUGCUUCUUCACGUUCUCUGCAUGGCCCAUCCUCAAACAAUGCCAGAGCUCAGCCCCGGAGUCUAACCAGGCCAGACAACGGUGGAAUCUAGGCUUAUUUUAAAAAAUGCCGUGAAAAUGCUUUUUUAAAAAUAAUAAUUUUAUAUAUAUAUAUAUAUAUAUGUGUGUGUGUAUAUAUAUAUAUAUAUAUAUAUAUAAUUUGCCAAUAGCUCACCAUCGCCAUCUAGUGUCACAUUUGUAUAAUGCACUUAAAACACACUUAAAACAUUAUGUUUGCAGCUGUAUAGCUGAAUCCAGAGAGAUUCGCAGAAAUCAGCCAUUUAAUAAUAUACUGUUGGGAGCUAUUGGGGCGGGGGAGACUGGUGUGUUAUGGUUGUGUUAUGUGCUGGCAAGAUAUGGUAGCUGCAGUUAGUUGGCUUUUCAGGCCCUGAUUAACUGACAAAAGAAGGAAUAGGAAUACAAGCCUACCUUAGAGGGCUGUUGUAUGUGGGUGAAUGAGAUAAUAACAUGCUUUGACCUCACUGAAUUACUAUAUUAAUGCUUAGGAGUAGCAAUAUUGCUGUGACUGAGGCCAGCCAAUGAAUGUGUGUGCAGCUGGGAGCUAGACCACCGUGCCUUGCCCUCCUAAUGGUCUUGUCUUUUCCCCCACAGUCCUCCUGCUCUUCUGCAUAAUCCCGCAGUACAUAGCACCGUUCCUGCGCCGCAAGGUUGUUGAGCGUGAGUGUGGAGAAAGGUUGGGGGAUAAAACACCUGUCCAGUUCAGGUGGGCCUAAACCGGUGUCUGAUCCAGCAGGGCUUUCCCUAAGUUUUUAAGUGGACACCUUUACUUAUACAUAGCAUUUGGUACCCCAAAAGGCUUACAGAGCAGCCUACAUACAAUCAAAGCAAGGAAAUCCCUACUCCUAGGCUUGCAUUCUUAAAUUAUUAUUUUUUUAAAAGACACACAAGGUAAAAGGCACAGGGAGGGCAGAGGAAAACUAAAACCAAAACCCAGACACUGAUUUCAAAACCAGGGUUCUCUAAUGACCAAACGUGGGCACAGUUCAGGGGCAGGUGGUGCCUGGUGGAGCUGGACCUCCAACAAAGCUGAUGGAAUAAGCCUUCUGCUUUGUUUCUCUCAAUGGGAGGGGAAGGGAGGCCAGAUGAGGCUGUGCCGCCACAGCAGAGCCAGUGGGGUGAAUCCUGCUUUCCAUCUCUCGUAUUGAGACAGUUUUUAUUGCAGAGCUUAAUAUUGCGCACCAUGAAACAAUUCGAUGUGUAAAAACUGACUCCUUUUGGAUUAAAAAUUGCCCAGACCUAUAAAUAUGAUUUAAAGCUUUACUAACCAUAACUCAUUCAAAACAGGUACAAAAACGAUCAUUGAUACACCCAGAAAGUAGUAUAAAGCAUAUGCAUAUUCAUGCAGAGGUUCUUCUUAAAUAUAUAAUAUAAUUACGGUCAGAGCAAAAAUCAAAGCUCUGUCUCUGCCAUAGCUGCAUCUAGCAUAAGGUUAUUUGCUGCUGGAGAAACAUUACCACAUCCUUUGCUCCCUGUGGCUUCCAGAGAAAGAUUAACAGGCAACUCCCUUCAAGGUGGAGAUUUGCAAUCAAAUACCGCUCGCAUGAUCUAAGGUUAAACACUCGCGAUAAAGCUAGCAGAGAACACCAGCAGUUAAUUAUCAACCUGUUAGAGCUCAGGGUGCUUCAGUAUGCUUCAGUGGAAUAUUCCAAUGUUAAACCCUUAGUAAUAUACAUACGGGCAUUCUCAAUUUCACCGUGCGAUUAAACAAUUAUUCUUAACAGUCUUGUGGCUCUGUGAAUCGCCAAAAGGUGACCUUUUAACAAAGCGAUUCACGCCCCCGCUAGAGUUGUAGUAUAGACAUGGCCACCCUUGUUCUCACACCCUACCCUCCCAUCUCCCCCAAUAUGCACCACCAGCGAUCGUGGCUGUGCUGAACCGCGUGCGACACGAGUUCGAGUUCAACAUCACAGCUGUGCACCACUACGACGUGACCGUCAAUGCCAGCAAGAGCCUGUCCCAAGUCGCCUUUGACAUCAUGGAGGACGUCUCCAAGCGCCUGCAGCCUGCAAAGGAGGCUGUAGGGCUUUUUGGCUAUAUGUCUACCUUGGUCAUUCUGUACCUCUACAUCAAGUGAGUCACAGCGAGGAGGCCAAGAGGAGCGAGGUGCUUCUAUGCCAUUCCUAAGGCAGGGCUAAGGAACCAGGCGGCAGUAGACUACAACUCCCAUCAUCCCUCACCAUUGGCCUUACUGGCUGGGGCUGAUGGGAGAUGGAGUCCAACAACCUCUGAAGAUUCACCUCUAUAAGUUCCAUUUGGCUAAACACCACUGUUAAGUUCAAUUUGAUAUGUGAUCCCUGAUUGGUUGGGAGGACUGUGGCGUUUGCCCCCCUAGGUGUGUGACAUCAUACUGGGUUCAUAAGGAAAGGGUUAACUAAUUGUAAAAUGACUAACCAAUAGGAAAUCCAAGGGGAGGAGUUAGAGUUAGAGUUGGUAAGAAGUCAGUCUGGUGUUAGAGAGGAAGAGGAUAAGUCUGUGGGUUGGGCUAGUCUGAUGUUUGAGAAUCUGUUAAGAGGAGUCAGUCAAACAGUUGAGAUAAUCAGUCAGAAAGUAUUAGGAAGGUAUAGGCCAGUAAAGAAACUAAAGUUAAGAAACUGACAAGAAUAUUAUCUGAGAAACCAUAAACUUGUUAAUACUUAUAAAAGAAACUUGUUUAUUUGGUUUAAUUUUAACAACUGUCUGGACUCAGUGUGUACCCGAGAGUAACGGGUUGGUGGCAGUGGGGAAGCGGGCACAGUGGUGGCACAGGGAUCAAUAGACUGUUAAACGUCCGGGGACCCUGUGUGAUCACCACAAGGACAUUUAGACUAUGUGCUGGAAACUACAGGAGAACAGAGUGUUUUUGUGCUCGGGUCCCACUGUGAGAGCAGGGUGUUAGGCUAGAUGGGCCAUUUGCCUGAUCCAGCAGCGAUCUUCUUAUACUUGCUGAGCUAACCUAUCAGCCUUUCUCAUGUGAAAGCAACACGGAAAUGUCAGCUGCUUGACUUCAACAGGGCUCUGCUGUACCGGAAGCAUUAUUUGCACGAGGACAGUUUUGACAACAUCUUCAUCACCAAGCCGUUCCUGGAGAUGGAUGCAAUGCGGAGGAAGAACAAGAAGCCCACCGUCCUGCCAUUGUCUGCAAAGGAGUGUACCAAGUACAUCCGCCCAAGUAAGGCAGCAGCUCUAGAAAGACCCAGCCUGGAUAUUCUGGCCUCCGGAAAUUAUUCACUAAAAUGAGAGGUGCUGGGGGGAAACAUGCAUAUGUAUGCUGCAGGAAACCAGGCAGAGGGCCUUAUCGGUAGUGGCGCCUUCCCUGUGGAACGCCCUCCCAUCAGAUACAUAGGAGAACUACACAACUUUUAGAAGACGUCUGAAGGCCACCCUGUAUCGGGAAGUUUUUAAUGUUUGACAUUUUAUUAUGUUUUUAUAUGUGUUGGAAGCCACCCAGAGUGGCUGAGGCAACUGAACCAGAUGGGCAGGGUAUUAUCAUUAUUAUUAUUAUUAUUAUUACUAUUACUACUACUACUAUUAAUGCAUUACACACCAAGGGCCCGUCUGCACUGUACAAUCAUACCUUGGGUUGCGAACGUGAUCCAUGCGGGAGGCAUGUUCGCAACCCGCAACGUUUGCAACCUGAAGCACCGUGUCUGCGCACGCGCAUGACGCUAUUCACCGCUUCUGCGCAUGCACGUGAUGUCAUUUUGUGUUUCUGUGCAUGCACGAGCGCCAAAACCCGGAAGUAACCCGUUCCGGUACUUCCGGCUUCAGUGUGGUCCGCAACCUGAAAACGCACAACCUGCAGCGUUCAUAACCCAAGGUAUGACUGUACAUUUAAAGCAGUACCAUACCACCUUAAACAGCAUAGCUCCGCCCCCAAGAAUCAUGGGAAAUGUAGUGUGUUAAGGUUGCUACACACAAUGUCAAUUUCCAAAGUUUAGUUCAGUGAGGGGAAUAGGGAGGUCUCCUAAUCAUUCUCACACCUCGGACAGACUACAGCUCCCAGAAUUCCUUGUGGGGGAAGGAUGGUGGUUUAAAGGGACAUCGUAGUGCUUUAAAUAAUAAUAAUAAUAAUAAUAUAAUUUAUUAUUUGUACCCCGCCCAUCUGGCUGGGUUUCCCCAGCCACUCUGGGCGGCUUCCUGGGUUGCUGUGCGUAAGAGAAACCUGGUGGGCAAGCAGCGGCAAGGACAGGCCCAUCUGCUUCCUCCAACCAGGUCUCUGACACACGUGCCAGGUCAAAUCCUCCAUCCACAAUCAAGUCGUGGAUGGCAGUGGUUUUAUUCAUCAUUGACCUGGCAUUGCACAGCAACACUUUCAGGUCAUGUGGGUUUCCCUGUUGAUUCCAGUAUCCAUCCGGUCAAGGCCAGACCCGGAGGCAGGGAUAGUCUUCAAACAACGACUAAACCUGCCUCCUCGGUAAUGACAUGGUCUGGUCUUAGCGUAACUCCGCCUCCUGCCCAUGAUCACCGAGAUCGGAUGUCCCAGUGCUUCCCCCCCUGUGGAAUUUGUCCCAGCCAUUGUGUUGGCUGGGGAGCCACUCCCAGGCAGCCCUGAUCCCGCCCCUUAAAAACAAAACACAAACUAUACAGAACCAAUAAAACAACAACAACAAAAGGAACAGAACAAUUAUACUAAAAUUAAUCCCCAACCAACUAUCCAUCCCACCCACCCACCCCCAACAAAGGAAAAAAGGAAAAAAAGGAAUAAAAAUUUAAAUUGCCACCGACUGCUUGAGGACAUUUUAAAGCACAUUAACCACCUGGAACAGGGAAGCAAUGGCAGAACACUUCCCACACUUCCCCAAAAGUUUGUUCCAAAUAAGGGCCUGGGCCACGCCCCCUGGGCCAGUUGGAAAAGGCCCUGGAAGGGAGCAGGCCCUGCAGUCCUCACCCAGCCGAUGGUCCGAGGCUUCCCAGCAGGAGUCCCUUUAUAGCUGGGAGAGAGGGCCUGGGCCAUGCCCCCUGGGCCAGUUGGAAAAGGCCCUGGAAGGGAGCAGGCCCUGCAGUCCUCACCCAGCCGAUGGUGUGAAUGUGGCCCUGAGUCCACCCAGCCGCUAUUGCUUCUUCCUCUGCAGCCUCGCUCAUAUUGCCCCGCAAAGAGCAACUCCGCUACACGCUGGCCAUUGUCUCCCUCUUCCGCCAACUGACCCUUGCUGUCCUGCUGAUCAUUGCCGACUUUUCGGUCUUCUGGCUGUUGGACUUGGUGCGAUAUCUGCUGCAUGGAGAAAUCGUUGCAAGAGGUAACAACUGGUGGGAUGGUGGUCUAUUGUGCAGCCCGCCAAGAGGGUACAAAGGUGGAUCUGUUUUUGCACCAAUUAUGGGUGGAGUUUCGGAUUCAGACAGAAGGGCUACUGUUCAGAUCAGGGCCUGAUCCACGUCUCCCCGCAGCCCCGGUGACGAUGAGCGUCAGUGUCAACGGGACGGGCUACACCGGCGAGAUGUACCGUGACAUGGUCUCGGCCUUCGAGGUCCUGCAGCGGGGCAACGUCAGUGUGCUGUCCCGGAAAUGUCGCCUGCGCCCGGCAGAGCCCGAUUACGACGGCUACAUCACCAUUGGUAACUGGGGGGAGUGGGAAAGGCUUCCUCCCCGGUGGUGGCUGGUGCUGCCUUUGGGGACUGGUAGGGCUGGAGGUCCAACAGUAGGUGGAGCCAGAGCCACCCUCUCACUAUAUCUAAGGGUCUGGUGACUUCUGUUUCAGUGUAUCUGAAGAAGUGUGCAUGCACACGAAAGCUCAUACCAAUAACUUAGUUGGUCUCUAAGGUGCUACUGGAAGGAAUUAGUUUAUUUUAUUAUUUUAUUUAUUUUAUUUUGUUUCGACUACGGCAAACCAACACGCCUACCUACCUUUAACUAGCUUUGUCCCAAUCAUAUUCCUGGAAGUGCCAUCCCUUUGGAUGCUUCCAGGGAGCCUAUCAGAUGGGCAGGACAUGAAUAGCUCCCUCCUACUUUCGUUCCUGUCUCUGUCCUGUAGAGCAAUGGUUUCCAACCAGUGUGCCGUGGCACCCUGUUGAAUGAUGGUCAGAGGUGCCGCAGGCAACGCUGGCCUCUGACCCUUUUUCUUCCCUUCCCUCCCUCCUCUAAUGCCCUCUGCUUCCCCAAGGCUUGCACAGCUGUUAGUUGCAGCGGCCCUGGCUACAAGCUCCGCAGGCGAAUGGUGCCUCUGGGGCUGGCCAGGGGGUACUUCCCAGGCCCCUGUGGGGCAGUGUGAGGAGGCACCUUUCUUUGGGGUGGGGAGGCAGCUCAGAGGCCAGGGGCAGUGGCUGUGGCUGUGGCUGCCCAAAGGACUCCCAAGCAGAGGGGAGAGGAGGCUGAGGGAACACUUCACAAAGGAGGGUAUUUGAAAAAGGGUAAGAGUGGCACUGUGGGUUAAACCACAGAGCCUAGGGCUUGCGGAUCAGAAGGUCGGUGGUUCAAAUCCCUGCGAUGGGGUGACCUCCCGUUGCUCGGUCCCUGCUCCUGCCAACCUAGCAGUCAAAGUGCAAGUUGAUAAAUAGGUACCGCUCCGGCAGGAAGGUAAACGGCGUUUCCGUGCACUGCUCUGGUUCACCAGAAGCGGCUUAGUCAUGCUGGCCACAUGACCCAGAAGCUGUACUCCGGCUCCCUCGGCCAAUAAAGCGAGAUGAGCACCGCAACCCCAGAGUCGGUCACGACUGGACCUAAUGGUCAGGGGUCCCUUUACCAUUACUUUAAGAGGCUGCCAACUCUGCAGGUAAGGGGUGCCAUAACGGGGCUUUCCACAGGGGUGCCGCAGAAAGAAUGUAGUUGGUCAAGGGAUCCGUGAACCCCAUAAGGUUGAGAACCUCUGCUGUCAUGUGAUUGCUGAUGGGUGUUGAGAGGGCAUGGGGAGGCCAGCAGUAGGUGGCACCAGCAACAGUGACAGACAGAGCCACUCCAUGACUGGUUGUGGGAGGGGAAGCCUUAAGGUUGUGGGCUGGAGCAACCUUCACCACCUGGCGCCCUCAAGCUGUUUUGAACUACAUCUCCCAUCGGCCCCAGGCAGCCGGGCCAUUGUGGACUACAACUUCCAUCAGUCAACAGCCACGCUGCCCAGGGCUGAUGGGGAGUUUUAGUCCAAAACAUCUGGAUUGGUUGGUGAAAGGCAGACUUGAAAGGUCCCGGUGGGAUUUUGCAGCCACAAGUCUAGCUGCAAGGUAGACUCAGCCACCCGCGUCAGGGAAGAAACUAGAUGGGGGAUAAGAGAUGUCUAAGCUGCAUUGCUCAGAAGAAAGCGCACCAGGAACUUCAUAACAGUGGCAAAGUGGAGGAGAAGGAGAUUCCCUGAACUGCUGAAUUGCUAUGGUCCAUGGGUAGGCAAACUAAAGCCCAGGGGCCGGAUCCGGCCCAAUCGUCUUCUCAAUCCGGCCCGCAGAUGGUCCAAGAAUCAGCGUGUUUUCACAUGAGUAGAAUGUGUGCUUUUCUUUAAAAUGCAUUUCUGGGUUAUUUGUGGGGCAUAGGAAUUGGUUCAUUCCCCCCCGCCCUUUCAAAAUACAGUCUGGCCCCCCACAAGGUCUGAGGGACAGUGGACCGGCCCCCUGCUGAAAAAGGUUGCUGACCCCUGGACCAUGGAAUCGCCCAUUAAAAGCUCACAGCUCUGCACCAGCCUCUUGUGGCUGCUUCUGGAAUUGCACGGCGCAGGAAAUGUUCUGCAAGGGUACCACAGUGCACGGGGUGUUAGGGGAGGGGAUAGUACCUCUGGCGGGGGACGCGUCGUUUUCCUUCUGGGCUAGUUUGUCCACCUUUGGUCCCUACCCUGUACUCAGCUCUCACCUGUGGCUCCUAGAAGCUGUCAGCAUGAGAUGGCGGCCACACCCCAGGGAGCAGCUUCAACUGAUAUUCUAAACCAAGAAAGGAGAGACAAUGGGUCACAAACCCUGGGGGAGUUAGGGAAUGCCCCUGCAUGCAAAGACAGGCUCUGAAGGAUUGAGUGGACAAGACCAGGAGUGGGCCCAGCGGUCAAGGUGAUUUCUGCACUUGCUGUAGAGGGAAGUGAGGGGAAGCCCACCUAGGAGAAGGAAAGCUCUGAUUGCCAUGGUCCGGUUCACGGGUGAUCAAAGUCCCGACUGGGGACGGCGAGACCAGGGGCAAGAUGGCGGGGUUGAAACAGGAACGGGAGUCCAGAAGCAGGAGUCAGGAAGUCAAGAGUCCGAGGGUCAGGAAGCAAGGAGUCAGGAAGUCAAGGGUCCGAGGAUCAAGAAGCAAGGAGUCAAACACAGCAAGGCAGGGAACGUGUUGCUGUGGCAAAGAGCCAAAGGGAAAUGCUGACCUUAUAUCCCUUCCCGGCUCUUGCCACCAGGUGCUGUGAGUUACCAAUCGGCCUCACCUGUGUGGCCAAGCCUUGCCUCUCCAGAACAAACUUAGGAAGGCCCCAGUCCUGCAAAGUCCUACAGGUCACAGGGCCUGGCUCCUGCACGCACUCCUGACACUGAUCCCAAACCUUUGCUGCCUUGUGGGAUAUCUUUGAGGGAAGAAAAGUCUCAGAAGCAAACACUGCACAAAUCUGGAGUGGAGUCCCUGAGAUGGUUGGAUGGUGCCUUGUAAGCCUUCUUCCGGCAAGCUGGCUUAACAAACUACAGUUCCCAGGAUUCUCCAUGAGAUAUAAGAGUGUGGGGCAGUGGUUAGAGUGUCGGGCUAGGACCGCGGGAAGGAUGGAUCUAAAUGUGCCAAGUAGGUAGAUAAGUGGUGUUGCUUCUUCAAACCUCCCAACCACCCGUCUCCCAGGUCUCAUGUACGGCGUCUGUUUCUUCAUCGCCAUCUUCGGCACCUACAUACAGCGCCUGCGGCGGGUCGUGUGUGCUUGGUACUAUCCCUCCCGUGAACAGGUGAGUGACUCUACAUACACACACUCGGGGAGGAAUUUAGCUUCAGGUAGGCUAAUAAGCGGGUGGUCUAAACCACAGAGCCUAGGACUUGCUGAUCAGAAGGUCGACGGUUCAAAUCCCCGCGAUGGGGUGAGCUCCCGUUGCUCGGUCCCUGCUCCUGCCAACCUAGCAGUUCGAAAGCACAAAGUGCAAGUAGAUAAAUAGGUACCGCUCCGGCGGGAAGGUAAACGGUGUUUCCGUGCGCUGCUCUGGUUCGCCAGAAGCGGCUUAGUCAUGCUGGCCACAAGACCCGGAAGCUGUCCGCGGACAAACGCCGGCUCCCUCAGCCAGUAAAGUGAGAUGAGUGCCGCAACCCCAGUGUCGUCCGCGUCUAGACUUAAUGGUCAGGGGUCCUUUACCUUUAGUUGAAAUUCCUGCAUUGGAGGGGUUACACUAGAUCAGUGGUGUCCAAACUUUUUUCAAAGAGGGCCAGAUUUGAUGAAGUGAAGGGCCAUGGGGGCCGACCAAAGUUGUUGAGGUUUUUUAGGAUUUUACCCCAGGAAAAAAUAAACUGUCACAGAGGCCGGAUUAAGCCGACUGGGGGGCCAGAUUAGGCCCCCAAAAUGGACUUUGAACAUGCCUGCACUAGAUGAUGCUUAGGGGGUCCCUUGCAACGCUAUGAUUCUAACCACACCACCACCCUGAGCUGACUGACCACCUCAACUCCGGUUUUUUCUGCAUGCAGCCUUCACCCCAACUAAUUCCCUGGGCGCCUGGUCUCCCGCUCAAUCCAGUGAUCUUAUUUCCCCGCAAUGAUCCUUUAGGAGCGCACCUGUUACCUCUACAACACCAUCCUGACACGAAGGACAGGACUGGCCCAAGCUGUGUUAAAGGCCGUGAGGAAUCGCUCCGCAGACGGGGGCCACACCAACAUUUUGCUGGUCCUCGCAGCUAAGUAAGCCCCCAAACCUUUUCCCCACACUGGAAGGAAAGAGUUGUAGUCUAUGAUGGUCGUGCCGGCAGGGCUGAUGGGAGUUGUAGUCAAAAACAUUGGACAAACAAUUCUGUCGUCGUCAUCAGAAAUACUUUCCAUCCGAUAUCCUUUUCCUUCUGGCCAGAGCACAAGAAAUACAACCUAUCAAUCCCCCUACAAUUGAGAAAUAUAUUUUCAGAACACACUCUAGUUGUGAUUCUGAUUUGUUUCACACUGAUUUUAAUGCUUUAUUUUAUACUGGUGUAACCUGCCCAGGGACCUUCUGGUAAAGGACAGGUGGUAAUAAUAAGGUUGAGGAAGCUCAUGCCCUAGGAUCUUUGAAUAAGGGUGGUAUAUAUAUCAAAACAACGACGUUUCACCUGCACACAGAUAAAAGCAGAGACUGAGGGUGCCUUUACAGAAUCUUGACCUGCAGUGUGUUGUGUCUGUGUCUGUGUGUGUGUGUGUGUGUGUGAAAGAGACAUCCCUCAUGGGUCUCCUCCACAGGUCUCGGCUGUGCUCGUGGCUGGUCAAGAAACUGGGCGUCCACGAGUCCUACUGCAUGGGCUGCGGGAAGAUCCGCAAGGACACGGACAGCGAGGACUUUGUCACCUGCAGUACGCAGGGAUGCCGAGGUUGGAAGCCGGGGCGGGGUGAGGGAGGCUGUGGGCCAAAGGCGAGGCCCAGAAAGGCUGUAAAAGGAGGGUGGGGUAAAUCAUAUUGUGCAGGAUGCAGGGCUGUUGCAGGCCUCCAGGCCUCUGUAUCUGGAGCGCUCCCCAGCCCACAGCCUUCACCAAGCCCUGACCCUCCUUGCAUGUUCUUGCCUGGCCGGACUGUGUCCUUGAACUCUGAUCCUGUUUCUCGCUUGGACGGAGACUAGAGAGCUGGGCGGGGUGCGUGGCAGUGAGGGUAGGAACUAGCUUGCUGUAACAGGUGAAAUUUAUACCCUUUGCUCUGUCUACUUUUAGUUAAGUAUUUUUAUUUAUUUACUUGAUUUUGGCUGUGGCGGCGGGGGGGCGUGCAGCAGCGGGCUACGCCCAUGUCUUGAGCUGAAAAAGUUUCCGUAUGUAACCCUUGGGAUUCUCCCCCAGAAAAUCUGGACGGCAGUGGUGCGAAAGCACAGUCCAGGAGGCCAAAUGCGGCCCUCCAAGCCUGUCCGCCUGGCCCUCAGGACUCUCCCCAGGCCACACCCCCAUCCUUGGACACACCCCUUCUCUCCAGGCCACACCCCUCACUGGCCUUGCCUUCACACCCUGAUCUUGCCUGGAUAAGAGUACAGAGAGGGGUGUGUGGAAAUUGAACCACCUUAUAUUGCUCCUCCCACUCUGCCAUUGCUCCACCUACCUUUGUCUCUGGCCCCGCCCACUCAGAGGGUUGAUAAAGGUAUCCCAGCCUGGCUCCCCUUACGCCACAUGACUCUCCCCAUCCCUUCUCCGCAGGUAUCUACUGUCCGGACUGCUACAAACUCCUGGACAACAUGUGCUCCAUCUGCAUGGCGCCCUUAACCUACCAGGGAGACAUGGACGAGGAGGUGUGAGUGAGAAACUUCGUGUUUCCAUCGCCCUCACUUUGGGGGAGCCCUAGUAAAUAACGCCAGCCUCUCUAGAAGCUAAUUCUGCAGCGCCUCUCCUGCAGCGCCCAUGCAUGCAGGCAAAGAAGAGUGAUGAAAUGAUUUAGAGCUUACAGUUCGUUGGUGCUGAAACCAGGGCAAAGGAACUGUGGCGUAGUGGUUAGAGCACUGGGGUAGGACAUGGCAGUGGAGUAGUGUGUGGGGGCAGUGGGGCUGUUGCCCUGGGUGCAAAAUUGGGGGGCGGGCAGCAAAAUUUCAAAAAAAACACACCCAUAUUACCUUUUUUAAAAAAAUCAAGCAGUGUAAAAUUUUCAUGACACUAAUAAUAACAAUAAAAUAAAUGGCCCCUGCUGCUCCUGACCCCUCCCCAGCUUCCUUCUCCCCACUGGGAAGACCCUUCUCCGCUGCUGCCAUCUGGCCCUGACAGGAACCAGGGGUUACGGGGCGCAAUACUUGCCUUGCCCCAGGUACUGGCAACCAUCGCUACGCUACUGGGACCUGGGAGACCAGGGUUCAAAUCCCCACUCUGCCAGGAUGUUUCCUGGGUGACCCGGGGCCAGUCACCACCUCUCAGCCUAACCUACAUCGUAGAAUUUUAGAGUUGGAAGGGACCAUGAGGGUCAUCUAGAUCAACCCUCUGCAAUGCAGGAAUCUUUUGCCCAACGUGGGGCUCAAACCCACAAUUCUGAGGUUGUGAGUCUCAUGUCCCACCGACUGAGCUAUUGAGGAGUGUAGGCCCCCUUGAGCUCCCUCUCAUUUUUAGAUAUGGAUGUAAAAAUAAGUGAUAAAUAAUUUUUAAAAUUACCUGCCCAUCAUAGAAAGUCACCUCACACCAAGUGAAACCGCUGGUCCCUCUUGGCCAGUAUUGGCUCUUGAGACUUUGAGGCAGGGUGCCUUCCCCAGAGAUGCCGGGGGGGUCAAACCUGAAAUCCCCCUGCAUGUAGAGCAGGUGCUCCACUCACUGAGCCACACAGCCCUUCACUUUCAUCCAGGGAUUCCAGUGACGAAGAGGCCAUGGCUCUGUGGACCAAGGCAGUGCAGGCACUCAGCGGGUCGCCGGACAAGGAACGCCAGAAGCAGCGGCGACUGCUGAGGGCACGGAUCGAGCGGGCCGUGAAAGGGCGCGGGGGCUGCCGCCGCUUACCCCCCGAACUGGCCAAGAAGAUCUUGGAGCAGCUGAAGGAGCAGGAAGGGAGCAGCAGCAGCAGCAGCGAAGAAGACGAGGACAACACAUCUAGCAGCUCUGAGGAAGACGGCUCCUCGGGGUCAACAUCGAGGUGAGGGCAAAGCAUUCGUGGGAAGUACCUUAUCCAGGAGUCACACCACUGGGGCCACCUAGCGCAAUACUGUCUACACCAUGGGUAGGCAAACUAAGGCCCGGAGGCCGGAUCCGGCCCAAUCGCCUUCUAAAUCCGGCCUGCGGAUGGCCCGGGAAUCAGCAUGCUUUUACAUGAGUAGAAUGUGUCCUUUUAUUUAAAAUGCAUCUCUAAGUUAUUUGUGGGGCAUAGGAAUUUGUUCAUAUUUUUUUUCAAAAUAUAGUCCGGCCCACCACAUGGUCUGAGGGACGGUGGACCAGCCCACGGCUGAAAAAGGUUGCUGACCCCUGGACUAGAUCAUGGGUAGGCAAACUAAGGCCCAGGGGCCGGAUCCGGCCCAGUUGACUUCUAAAUCCUGCUCACGGACGUUCCGGGAAUCAGCAUGUUUUUACAUGAGUAGAAUGUGUGCUUUUAUUUAAAAUGCAUCUCUGGAUUAUUUUUGGGGCAUAGGAAUUCGUUCACUUUCUCUCUCUUCAAAAUACAGUCUGGCCCCCCACAAGGUCUGAGGGACAGUGGACCGGCCCCCUGCUGAAAAAGUUUGCUGGCUCCUGGUCUACACUGACUGGCAGCAGUUCUCUUGCAGCCCACUGGGGGGCUGGCACCUGGGAGCUCCCAUGAGCUGGAGCUCUGGGGCCUUGUCACUAGAAAUAAAACGAAGAUCCCAGUCCUCAGGGUUGCGGGCUGAUCAAAACAGUAACACAGGAAGGUGCCUUCUGCAGAGCCAGACCGUUGCUUCAUCUAGCUCGGGAUGCCCCGCACUGGCAAGCAGUGGCUUUUCAGGGGUUCAGAUAGGGAGUCUAUCCUAGCCUGGCUUGGAGGUGCCAGGAAUGAACUUGGGACCUUCUGUACCCAAAGCAGAGCAGCCCUUAAGAGGCUGUUCAUCCCAAACACUGUUUUGUGCCUUUAGCAGUUGCGGGACAGGCAGGCAGUCAACCGGCGGCACUGUGGCCCAGCCACGGUGGUGUGCCGAGGCCGCAACUGCGUCUGUUGGAUUCCUGCCUGCCGGACAACUCGUAACAGCAGAGAAUACACCAGAGAUGGGGAACUUUGGCCCUUCCAGGUGUUGUUGGAUGCCAUGGGGGAAGUUGUGUGCAUAGUUGUAGCAACCUCUGACAUCUGCACAACUGGAAUGCUGCGCCUAAUGUGCCUCUGGCUCCGCCCCCCACAUGCUCCCCCCCAGAAGGUGGUGUGGGAGACAAACUUUGACCUUUCAGAGCUAAAAAACAACAACUCACCAAGCCUGUGCUUCUCCCUUGUCUUUUGUCUAUCUCUUAAAAUUAUUCUGCCAAGAUCAUCUCAUUUUUAAGAUGUCGCUUUUUGCGAGCAGCUUUGAGUACCUCAGGCGAGUGGGAAAAGUGAGGCUAUGAAACCAUUUAAAAUUAAAUGAGAUCUCCUAUAUCACCCAUCCCUGUCUCCCCGCCUUCCAGCAGCCUCGAUUUCGGCUACCAGAAAGAAGUGGAGACCAGCAGCGGCGAGGAGCUGGAGGAGGUGAAAAGCGAAAAGAGGUCUGCCCCAAAAAAGUAGGGAGCGAGACAGAGAAUGAGUCUUUGCCACCUCCCUUAAAGAGAGGAAGUAUGCAUGGCAAUAAAUUAGGUAUCAGUGCCUUCUAUUUUCAAUAUACAGCCAGGGCGUGCUGGUCCUUACGCAGCCAGAACUGCACCACCCACCCGCAAGCAGGAGGGAAUCAGCGGGCUGCAGAGGGGGAAUCCUGAGGUUUGCCAAAAUGUCACACCCACCCACCCAAGAGGUAUUUAGGAAAAGUCUAAGGGACGUGGGGGAAUACCCUAAUAUCAGUCCAGUGACAACUGAGCAUUCUCAGUGGCCGCACAGUGCAGGAAUCGCGGCUAAAGAAUCCGACAGAUGGCUGUUCAGGCUCUGUUUGAAAAUGUCCGACAGAGAGUCCACCACAUGGGUAGGCACACUGAGGCCUGGGGGCCGGAUCCAGCCCAAUCACCUUCUAAAUCCGGCCUGCGGAUGGUUCAGGAACCAGCGUGUUUUUACAUGAGUAGAAUGUGCCCUUUUAUUUAAAAUGCAUCCCUGGGUUAUUUGUGGGGCAUAGGAAUUCGUUCAUUUCCCCCGGAAAAAAUAUAGUCUGCCCCUCCCAAGGUCUGGGAAUUAGUUCAUUUUUUCUCCAAAAUAUAGUCCGGCCCCCCACAAGGUCUGAGGGACAGUGGACUGGCCCCCUGCUGAAAAACUUUGCUGACCCCUGGGUCCACCAGCCUCCGAGGUGCUCCAUCCCAUGGUCAAAAAAGUUCUUCCUAAGGUUUAGUCAGAAUCUUGUUUCUUGCCAUUCGAAUCUACCGCUUAGCAUCCUCCCCUCUGGAUCCUGCGAACCCUGCGGCGUUUUGCUGGAGGUGCUACGUGGAUAUAAUUAUUACCCUCACCCACACCCCCGUGUGGAAGCCACAGCCAAAAAACAUGGUCACCCCUCAGUAGAGGAAGGAGGAGUUCCCCUUAGCAGAGGAAGGAAGAGUUCUGCUUGCAGCAUAUUUUCCCGUCCAGUGCAGGAAUUUGUGUAAGACAUGUGUAUAUACACACACACAGUGGGGUUUUUUUCUGGGGGAACGUAGGGGUACGCAUACAUUUUGUGAAUCUUUGUACUUUCAUCCAUUUACUGUAUUUAUUUCCCCCAAUUUGAACUACAAAAUGGUGACUUACUUGAGUCAAAAUGAGAGUACCCCUAAACAUAUUUUUAAAGAAAAAAACACCCACACGCACAAUGUGUCAGCCGGCCUAGUGGCACCUCCUGGCACAGGUAAUGUAAACCCUUGUGUCGCACGCAGCAGGUAAGGCAAGCCACCUCGCUCCACCUUUUCUGGGAGAAUUUUUGUCCAUGAAGGCAAGGCCCACCCCCCUACAGACACCAACGCAAGCCCAAAAUUUCCCCUGCUUUCCUUUUUUAUUGUCAAGCAGCCUCAACGGACACCGGGAAUACCAGCACAUUAAUAAUAAUUAAAAAAACAACAACACCAAAUGAAAUGGCGGGGAGGUGAACACCCCAUCCCUCUUUUCCACAUACCCACCCCCACAGCCAUCCAGGAAAAUAUGCACAUUUUUGCUAGCGUUCCCAGAGAAAGGCAAUGAGGAGGGUGGUAUUUUCAUUCAUCUCCAGCUGUUCCCCCCCACACCCCAUCACCAAAUCGCUGCUGCAGGAAAAGUCUAAGAGGAGGGGGGUCUUCAAGACAGGGAAGACAGGGUGAGGUGUAGCUGAGGUAUUGCAGGGUAAGGUGGAACAAGCGGGGGUUUUUUGCACUUCAAGUAGCUAGAAAUUCAAGUUUAAACAUACAGGCACUUUUUAAAAAAAAGUCAGGGAAGAUGACAUGGGGCUCUCACCAGACCUGCCCUCCCUCUUUUCACCCGACGGGAGGCUCCCCCAAAAAACACCUGCGGGGAGGGUGGGGGGAAUUGGGACAGGGUUGGGGGGAAGGGAAAGCAGAGUUUGGGGAGGGGGGAAUAAUAUAUUACAUCAUCUCUUAAAUAUAGAUUAAACUCUGUGCUAAUACUCUAGGGACGGACUUUUCCCUGCGCUCCCCAGACGCCGCCUCUCUCCAACCCAACCCACCGGCUGUUUUGCCCCCUCCAGAGAGGUGAGGGGGGCCCCCUGGAAAUCUAAGGAAUGUGCAAAUGGGGGUGAGGGGCAACAAGUUAGACCUGACCCCUAACCACCAUUGAGGAGUGUGCCAGUCCCGAAUCCUUCCCGUCCUCAAAUCGCAGGCAAAAACCCUAGUGCAAUGGUGGAGGAGGAAAAUUACAAGUGGGGUGGGGGGUGUCAACACAACGGGGUCGUUGCCUUUUUGUGGAAAAGUCCACCUGACACCUGUUGCUGUGGAAUGAAACUUCUGUGGGGAGGGUUUUUAUGGGGGGGGGGAGACCCCAAGUUGAUGGUCCGUCCCCCGCCAAGUGCUAAAACCUAUCUUCUUGCAAGGAGUUCUGGGUCUUGGUGUGGAAGAGCUAUAGGAAUGUGGGUCAGAAGCCUUGUUUUGGGGGCAUCUUCCUACCCCAAACGAACAAACUGGGGACGACGACGGGUUGCUGCUGGGACCAGCCCAUUGCACUGUGCAAGGACGCCACCAGGAAGCAUUGAGGGCCGAGCGGGGCUCUCUGUGCAAAAAAGGAGGUGCUGUCGAUAUAGGGUGCAGGCACCGGCCUUGGGUGGUGUGGAAAAAACACCCCCUGCUUUCCUUUCCCCACCAUGCAAAGAAAAGGUUGUGGGCCUCCCACUCACCCCCCUCUCUCAAAAAGCAGCUUCCAGUCUCAGGGCCCGGAAUAAUAGAAAGAUCUUCUUUUCUCUCUUCUGCCUCCUCAGAAAUAAAAUUCUCUGGAAAGCCAGAGGCAGGGAUCAAACCCAGGAAACCUGGCACACUCCUCAAAAGCUCCUCAACCUGACAUCCUCGCCUUAAGAAAAAUAAAUAAAUCUAGUCAUCCCCUCCUAGCCUCCCAAACAUGGGGGUCAGAGCACCCCCCAAAAGUGCAGGGUCUGGGGGCCACCAACCACUCCCCCCUUCCCAAAGUUAUAUAAAUCUCAUGUUUUCUUAGGAGAAAAAAAAAAUCAGGAUUCCCUCCCACGCCACCCCCCCCAAAUAGCACUACCCCUAUUUAAUUGCUUAUUUCAUUGAUCCUGAGCAUAUGAACCCUCUCCCUUGCUUUUCUGCCCUCCCACCACCCCAACCCCACCUGCUUUGGUUCAUAACUGCCCCGUACCCCUUUGAGGGGUCGCUAAAGGCACCAAAUCAGUGCGCCAGGAAGGGGCGGGUCAUAGUGCAUCUCGUCUCCGUUGCCGCGGCAACAGAAAGGGUGGGGGAAUAGUGCAUCUCGGCCUGGACCACGGCCUAGUCCCCGGAGUCGCCGUGGCAACGGCCAAAGCAAAGAAGGCCUGAGGCCUAGUCUCGGGGAGGGGGGCCCCUACGCCGUUUCUGCCUCCGCCGCCGGCCCGUCGUCCGUCGCCAUUCCCUCCUCGCGGCCUUCCUGCUCAUCCUCGUCCUCGUCCUCCUCUUCUUUGAUGUGAGGAGACAGGGCUUGCUGGGCGCGGGCCGGAUCCCAGUAGCCGCGGGCGAGCGAGAGGCACUGCUCAUCCGUCAGCCCGUUGGCCAAGUCGUGGUCGGCCAAGGGUGUCCCCGCGGCGGGCAAGGAGUUGGGCUCGGGAUCGGGACCACGGCGCCGGCGCCUGGUGCGCACCUCCAGGCAGUUCUGGCCUUUGAGGUGGCGCUGCAGGUGGUCGUCUUUGGCGAAGGCCUUGUGGCAUAGGCAGCACUCGUAGGGACGGGCGCCCGUGUGCAGGUGCAGGUGGUUCUUCAGGUCGUAGCUGUGCAGGAAGCGGGCCGUGCAGUGCGGACACGAGUAGGGGCGCUCUCCCGUGUGCUUGCGCAUGUGGAUCUUCAGCUUGUCGUUCCUGCGAGGGGGAAAGGGGGGAGACAGGAGAUUUGCGUCAGCAAGAGCUGAGGGAAACCUAUGCCUGCGGCCCAGCAGCAUCUUCCUUGCUUGUGGUCAACCUCCGUUUCAAACAAGAGGGCAGCUAGUCCUUAUGAAAUGGAGAGGAACCCAGCGGACCACACAGAAUUAAGGUUGGGCGAUUUAUUGUCCGAAACUGGUUUGAAGUCCACAUUGUGAUAGGUAAAGGUAAAGGUAGCCCUGCCCGUACGGGCCAGUCGUGUCCGACUCUAGGGUUGUGCGCCCAUCUCACUUAAGAGGCCGGGGGCCAGCGCUGUCCGGAGACACUUCCGGGUCACGUGGCCAGCGUGACAAAGCUGCUGGCCCCCGCGCAGCACACGGAAACGCCGUUUACCUUCCCGCUAUAAAGCGGUACCUAUUUAUCUACUUGCACUUAGGGGUGCUUUCGAACUGCUAGGUGGGCAGGAGCUGGGACCGAACGACGGGAGCUCACCCCGCCGCGGGGAUUCGAACCGCCGACCAUACGAUCGGCAAGCCCUAGGCACUGUGGUUUUACCCACAGCGCCACCCGCGUCCCUCUACAUUGUGAUACUGUUUCAUAAUUUUUGACCUGGCAAUAUAUCAGACCCUAUUUUCCAAGGACAGUCCCAGAUUUACAAGAAGCCAUCCUGGUUUCUGAUUUGAUUCCAGAACAUCCUGCUUUUCCUUAGGAAGUCCCUAUUUUCACUGGAGAAAUGUUAAAAGAGGAUAUGGAGUUAUCCAACCCCCGGGCCAUGUAAAAGCAGACCUGUAUAGUUUAAAAACGUUUAAUGUUUUAUUAUGUUUUCUUAUAUGUUGCCCAGAGUGGUUGGGGCAUCAUAGUCAGAUGGGUGGGGUAUAAAUAGUAAGUACAGUGGUACCUCGGGUUACAUACGCUUCAGGUUACAGACUCCGCUAACCCAGAAAUAGUGCUUCAGGUUAAGAACUUUGCUUCAGGAUGAGAACAGAAAUUGUGCUCCAGCAGCGGGAGACACCAUUAGCUAAAGUGGUGCUUCAGAUUAAGAACAGUUUCAGGUUAAGAACGGACCUCCGGAACGAAUUAAGUACUUAACCCGAGGUACCACUGUAGUAAUAAUAAUAAUAAUAAUAACAAUAAUAAUAAUAAUAAAUCCCUAUUUUCAUCAGAGAAAUGUUGAAGGAUAUGAUAUAUUGCAAAUCAUGAUUUGUGUGUCUGUGCACUAUGCAAAAAUCGCAGUGCCUGAGCAUUGGCCUUGCUAGCAGGGGCUGGUGGCAAAUGGGGUACAACCCCCCCCCCCCGCCCGCAGUAAUUGCUCAGUUAGAUAAAUGCAGAAUGGCCUCUAGAGGGAGCUCUAGGAAAGGAGAAGCCUCUUUGAAGUUUGGCUAUAGGCAGGCUCCCUUGACUGCUACAGAUGGAACAGUCCUCACUGCCUGUCUCUUCACCUGUCUCUUCGCUGCUGACAGUUCUAGCAGAGGGAGCACCACUUUGUACAGGAUUAAAAGGUACUGUUUAUUUUAAACUUCUGUCCCCCCUUCUGCACAGCUCGGGGGGGGGGGAACCAAGUAAGACAUCUGGGUCGUGGGUUUGAGUCCCAUGUUGUGCAAAAUUAUUCCAGCACUGUAGGGAAUUGGACCAGAUAUCCCUCAUGGCCCCUUCCAACUCUACAGAUUCUAUAAUUAUAAUAAAACCAAGCCAGCAUGGCUUAAAAAAAACACUGGGCUGGAUUCAGUAGAAGCCUGAGUCACUUAAGCCCACCAAUUUCAAUGGGUCUUCUCGGAGGGUGACCAAUGGCCCAUUUACAAACAAAAAGGAAGGAAGCUGGGGCCAGCUUUUCAGCAGAAAUGGGAGUGAUAAGGUUUUGCCUUAGGCCCCAUCUGCACUAGCCAUUUAAAGCACUAUGAUACCACUUUAAACAGCUGUGGCUUCCCCCAAAGAAUCAUGGGAAGUGUAGUUUGCUAGGAGUGCUGAGAGAUCUUAGAGUCAUAGAAUUGCAGAGUCGGAAGGGACCAUGUUGCCAAGGAGGAGCUGAAUAAUCAGCCUUUUUCACGUAGUCUGGAGAUUUGCUUCCCAUGCAGCUGGGAUACUGGGGAACAUAAGAACGUAAGAACAGCUUGCUGAACCAGACCCCGAAAUGCAGGAGUCUUUUGCCUAGCGUGAGAUUAAGAGUCUCAUGCUAUACCAACGGAGCUGUUAGGGACACACACCCGUUCCUCCCCCUGAGUGGUUUAACAACCGAUCCCCUUUUCCCUGGAAAUUUGGAAUGUCUGGAUGGAGAGGGGUAGGUUGUGCGCAUAUAAAAAUAAACCUCGGAUGUAGCCUCCCGAACAAAGAUCCAGAGUCGCAUCCAUUAACUCCACCCGCUCAAUGCCUCUCGCUGUAUCUACCCAUGGGCAUGCCAGCCCCCAGAAGGUUCCCUGCAAAGCAAUGGGGCCUUCGGACAAAAGAGCCCCCUUCCCCUCUGAUCUAGAACCUUUUCCUCCUCCUUUGCAAGGAGCUGUGUUUUCAACAACAUGGCCAACAUCAAAAGAAGGAAGUUGUGGUAUUUUCACACACCCCUACACUCCCAUGUGGUACAGUCUGUUCUCUCGCACCUGCCUCGUCCUGCUGCUGGCAUCAAGCCAGGCCGCAGUGGGCAGAGCGAGCCAGUUUCGAAAGAAAGGGGGGAAAGGCUCACCGCGUGAAGCGGACCCCGCAGACCUCGCAGGCGAAGGGCUUCUCCCCGGUGUGGGUGCGCAUGUGGCGAGGCAGCUUGCCUGCACCGUGGAUGACCUUGUGGCAGACGGGGCACUCCUGGGGCAUCUGUGAGCGCCGCUUGCGCACCAGCUUGUCCGGGGGGUCCAGGCCCAGGGACGGCCCUUCCGGGUUGAGGGCCCGCAUGUAGGACAUGAUGUCGUGUUCGGUGGGCUCUUCGUCCGAGCCCAGGUCUUCCGGCGAGAGGCCGGGGGCGUACGGGAAGGCGCGAGAGGGCGCCAGCACCUCGUCCUCGUGGGGGUGCGCGAGGACUGGUGCUGGAGAGGCCUGACUGGGGGGGCUCGGCCGCUCCUGCGUCCCCGUCGACGAGGGGGACGGCGAGGGCGACAACUCGCCGAGGUGGUUGUUGAGGCGGGAGCCCUUGGCCUGCAGGAAUUUGCGGAUCUUCUUGCUGCGGCGGGGGGCCGGGUAGAUGGGCGGCUCGGGCAGGUCGCCCUCGGCGUUGGGAAGGGUGGCAAAGGCCUCCAGGUAGCGGUGGGCGCGCUCGCGGGCGGCGUCAUCGGGGACGGGCGCUUCCAAGCCGUUUCCCUGCAGGAUCUCGACGCAGGCCUUGAUGACGCAGGGGAUCUCUAGGAGCCGGGCGGCUCGCAGCACCUCUGCCAGGCUGCCCGUGCUGAUGGUCAGGGUGGCAGUGUAGGCAAAGUCCAGCAGGGCGCCCAGCGCCUCGGCCCCCACGAAAUCCAGCUCGCAGACACCCAUGCCGGGCCCCGCGAAGAGCCGCCGGAAGUAGCGGCUGGAGGCUGCCAGCACGGCCCGGUGGGUCCGGUACUCCGAUCCCUGGGCCCGCAAGGUCACGUCGCAGAGAACGCCCCUCCGGCGCUGCUCGUUGAGGCUGCCCAGCAGGUCGCUGCUGUGUUCUGGGAAAGGGAUCCCAAUCAAGUCGUCUUCAGGGCUUCCCAUUGCCUCACCUGCAAGAACAGGGGGGAAAGAGCAGGGAUGUUAGAACCAGCCAAUACAGGCAGCAUUUAGGUUUUGUAUUUAAAAGCCAUUCAAAGCAAGGUGUUUGGGGACGGACAAUCAUUUAUUUUGAGAAGUUUUGAUCAAUUAAUCCUUCAAGAUGCAAUCAAUUCCUUAAACUCGCAAUCAUUUACUAAGGCUAACAGAGGGUUGCGUUAGUCCUGUUUAUACGCUGCUCUGCUCCAUCCCAUUAUUUCCCUUGUUAAUUUCGGAAAGUUUAUUCUAAUAGCCCUUAGCAGAUCUUUUUUUGCAUCCUCGCAUUGCCCACUGAACCAGCCUCGCUGAUUUCCCUGUGUGCAGUUAGUGGCAUUGGGCUUGGUUAAAUAGGGUCUGAAGAGUGUGCUAAUUUGUAGAAAAUCCGAAACUGGGUCUGUUGAGGUGUUUAUGAGGCGAUGUUGCAGGUUCCUCACUAAAUCACUCGCCAAGAUCCUAUGUAUUUCGUCAUUCAACAUCAGAGACUAUUUCACUCUUGAUCUGCCCAAAGAUUCACCAACUGCACACAUUGUCUCUGUAGGAAACUGACAAUCCAGGAAAGGAGCUAAAGAAACUAAAAGCGGGAAAUGAUCGCUUUCAGUUCUUACCAUUUAUACAUUUCUUGCAUUUAAACCCCACCAUUUCCCCCAGGUGGUAUACAUGGUUCUCCUCCUCAAACUGAUCCCCAAAAUAACCCAGUGAGAUAGGUUAGGCUGAACAGCAGUGGCUGGGCCUAGGUCACCCACAGUGAGCUUUGUGGCCAAGAGGGAGGGCCGCGACAGCUGCACCUCCAAGAUGGAGGCGAGGUUUGAAGAAAGGCCUUCUUAGUGCAGGACUCACCUUUCCCGCCUGCCUCCCCUCCAAGCCUAAAUCAAAAAGGGGUUGUGUUUUGCUCGCUUUCCUCUUCCUUCCCCAUGCCUUUUCCUUUCGUGCCAUGUCUUUCAGAGCGCAAGCAUUGCAGUUGUCGUUUUCUUAACUGAUCUUACGUAAGCUGCUCUUAGAACCUUUAUCACAGAAUCACGGAAUAGCAGAAGGGAUCUCCAGGGUCAUCUAGACCAACCCCCUGCAAUGCAGGAAUUUUUUGGCCCGACACGGGACUCGAACCCACCACCCUAAGAUUAAGAGUCUUACGUUCUCUACUGAAUGGGGGAGGAGAGAGAAGACAACGUAGAAGCUUCAAUUAAAUAAAGCAAUAAAACCCAGGCCUCCUUCAGGGAAGAUGGCAGAUGUAUGUGAAGAAACUCAGAAAAGAACAGACACACACGGAAAGGAAGUGUGCAGACUCUGAGAGAGCACAGCACUGACUUCUUCUCAGAGCGGGAGGAAGUCCCUCGCCCCCAGACGGUGCAAAGGAGAUCAGGGGCCUGAUAGAGACAGGGUUAGAGGCAGAUUCCUAGGAAAGAUAGGGCAGUUCCCUCCUGCCGCCCACGACCCAUGGCAUUUGAGAGCCUCAAACCCUCCACUCUCGGGGCGCCCAAAGAGAGAGAGAGAAGACCCAGAGCGAAAGCUGCAGGGGGAAGGAGGGGGAGAGGGCUCAGGCGGCCCUUAAGGCCUGUGUGUCUGGCCCCUGGAACUCUCUCCCUAGGCCACGCCCCUCGCGGACCCUGCCUUCAUGCCCUUGCUGGCUGGGAUGCAACCUUGGACUCCCAUCAUGCCUCGGGCUGCCCUGGAUUUAGCAAGAGAGAGAGAGGAAUGUGGUGGGUGGGAAGCAGCCCAUACCCUCCAACAAUCUGAAGGCAAAAUCGAGGACGCCAUCUUCCCAGACGUACUAUCUUCCCGUUUUUUGACCUGGAAACUACAACUAAUCCAGAAUGCGGCAGCUAGACUGGUGACCAGGAGCGGCCGCUGAGACCAUAUAACACCGGUCCUGAAAGACUUACACUUGCUCCCAGUAUGUUUCCGAGCACAAUUCAAAGUGCUGGUGCUGACCUUUCAAGCCCUAAACGGCCUCGGUCCUGUAUAUCUGAAGGAGCUUCUCCAUCCCAAUUGUUCCGCCCGGACACUGAGGUCCAGCGCUGAGGGCCUUCUGGCGGUUCCCUCAUUGCGAGAAGCAAAGCUACAGGGAACCAGGCAGAGGGCCUUCUCGGUAGUGGCACCCACCCUGUAGCACGCCCUCCCACCAGAUGUCAAAGAGAAAACUAACUACCAAACUUUUAGAAGACAUCUGAAGGCAGCCCUCUUUAGGGAAGCUUUUAAUGUUUAAUAGGUUAUUGUAUUUUAGUGUUUUGUUGGAAGCCGCCCAGAGUGGCUGGGGAAACCCAGCCACAUGGGUGGGGUAUAAAUAAUAAAUUAUUAUUAUUAUUAUUUAUCGAGAGAGCAUGGCUGUCAUUUUGGUUGCUGUGCCCUGGCACAAUUUCGUGCCACGCUUUCCCUCCACAAAACAGCGCUUUUUCUCCAGGCAAAUCACAUCUGUUGCUCUUUCCGGGUGUUUUACCUCUGGCCCCGCCCACCGCUGGCAUGUGCCCCCCCCCCACAAAGGGAAUGUGGCCCUCAGCAUAGCCUCUUCAGCCAAGCCGUUCCCUAGACCGGCUUCCUGGCCUCCAGAGGUUGUGAAUGACAGCUCCCAACCUCUGGAGGGCAUUGGCUGCCCUAGAUGUUCCUAACAAGGCUGCGUGGCGCUUCCCAGGUAGAAAUUCCGAUUGCAUGUUGUAUGUGCUUAGGAAGACUGCCGUUUCUAUGCGCCAGAGUACAGAUCAGGGGUAGGCCGUGCUGGAAUCAUUUCAUAUGGGAUCCCUGAUAGGUUGUGACACGGUCCAGGACAGGAGAGGGGGGGCCUGUGGCCCUCCAGAAGUUGCUGGACUACAACUCCCAUCAUUCCCUGAACCUGUAGUCAUGCUGACUGGGGCCUGACAGGAGUCUAGAAACUUCCAGUAGAACUAUAAAGAUCCUUAGUGCUGUAGGUGAGGUCCCAGGUGCAGUUCCCCAGGAAAGGGGGAACAUUUCGAUCCAGUUCACAUUUUAAGGCAGUGGCGCUGUGGGUUAAACCACAGAGCCUAGGGCUUGCCGAUCAGAAGGUCGGCGGUUCAAAUCCCCGUGACGGGGUGAGCUCCUGUUGCUCAGUCCCUGCUCCUGCCAACCUAGCAGUUUGAAAGCACGUCAAAGUGCAAGUAGAUAAAGAGGUACCGCUCCAGCGGGAAGGCAAACGGCGUUUCCGUGAGCUGCUCUGGUUCGCCAGAAGCGGCUUAGUCAUGCUGGCCACAUGACCCGGAAGCUGUACGCCGGCUCCCUCGGCCAAUAAAGCGAGAUGAGCGCCGCAACCCCAGAGUCGGCCGCGACUGGACCUAACAGUCAGGGGUCCCUUUACCUUUACCUAAUUUUUGCAAUUUCCAAAAUGAUGCGAGAACUGAAACACAGCCCGCCUUCGAAAUUUGCACUCUUCUGAAUUUUAUGAUGCAGUUUCUCCAGCAUAUUCUAGGCCAUGGCCUUCUUCAGCUUUGGCUCCUCCCCAAGCUGAUGUUGGACUACAACUCCCAUUGUCCACAGCCAGCUCAGGCAGUGGUCAAGGAUGAUGGGAGUUGUAGUCCAACAACUUCUGGGGCAUGGGAAAGGAUGAUGGUGCAAACACUGUUGAGGGUAAAUUGUACUUUUACUGCAUGUAUUCGUGAAAACACCCUACCCAGACAUGCCUCUCUGGCAAACUGCGUACGAAAAAUGGGUACAGUAGGAAAAAUUCACACUGAACGAAUUUUCAUUUUCUGGGGAAAACAAAAAAUCAAACAGUGGUAGAAAUGAGAAACUGGUAUGAAAAGGUUAGUUCGCCCCCUACCCAAUACCAUUUAAAAGAAGUCAGUUUUUAAGAGAGAGCCAGUAGUGGCGAGAGCGUCAGACUAGGACCCGGCAGGGACCCGGGUUCGAAUUCCAACUUGUUGGAACUAGGACCCGGGAGGGACCCGGGUUCGAAUUUCACGAAGCUCACUGGGUGCUCUUCAGAGCCAGUCACUGCUUCAAAGCCUAAACUGCCUUGCAUGGUUGUUGUGGGAAGUGGGGGGGGGGGAGCAACGUAUGCUACCUUAGGCUGCUUGGAUAAAAACGUGCUAUACAAAGGAAAGUAAAAUAAUCCUAAACUCCCUCCGGCACCCUCUAAUAAUGUUCCCCCUGCUGCAUCCUGUUCUCCCAGAUAACCUGGGUGCCAGCUGGGCAAAGAUGGUGGGGUAUGGGGGGGGGGGGAGAGAGAGAGACUCGUCGUCGUGCCUCGCCUUGUUCUCGGAAGUCGGAACGGGGCUGCCUUGUGGCCGCUCCCUGCCCGCUUUGGGUGCCAGCCAGCUGGGCUGUGUGUUUGCCUUCGACGGGGCAGGGGUGGGUGGGAAGGGGACGGGCUCCAAGCAGGGGCAGCCGCUCCCCUCUCUGCCAAGCAGGCUCAACCGGCCGGGCAAGGGGAUGGGCAGGCGGGCAGGCUGGCUCUGCGGGGAGGAGGAGAAGAGUGGCGGUGGGAAGGCUUGGAGGGUGGGGGGGGGACGACGGAUAGGGACCUGCCAGGCAGGCGUGGUUUUUCUUCCUGGAGGAGCACUCUGACCCAGGAGCUGGGCGCGGUCCGCGUCAUGGCAACGCCCGGGGGGAUGCCAGCUCAGCCAGAACUUUGCCAGCCCCUGCCUGGCAUGGAGGAGCGAGGGGAGAGAGAGAGAGAGAGAGAAAGAAAGAAAGAAAGAAAGAAAGAAAGAAAGAAAGAAAAAGAGAGAGAGAGGCUGGCUUUGAUUGCGUUCCCUCAGGGAGGGGCGCAAUGGGGCAAAAUGCCCAGGACAGGCCUUGCUCGGUCUCCUCUCCGCGGUCUCUCCAAGUCCCAGCUAGCAGCCGCCCUGGCCCUCCCAGCGCCCCACUCCUUUCCCACACUGCACGCCCGGCCCUCUCCCCGCCCCCCAGCCCAAGCCUCGUGCUCCCAUUCCUCGUGUCUAAGUGCUACUGCCUUUGCCCCCUUCCCCGCAGGAUGUCACGAUGUCAGGCAGACAUUGACGCGAUCUUCCCUGCACAGUGAAUAUUGCGUGUGUGUGUGAGAGAGAGAGAGAAAGAGCCUUUCCUGUUGAAUUUCUGUCUGACAGCUCUAAAGGGCAGCAGAAGCUGAGCAGUCGCAGGUCACCUGCUGCACGCAGUGUCUGUGUGGCACUUCACCUGACGAGUUUCUGCCUGGCUGCUGUGAAAGAGGGCAGAAAUUGAGCAGCAGGGAUCAGGUGAGAGCUGUGUUUUUCCUGUUGGAUUUCUGCCUGGCUGCUGUGCAGGAAAACAAACUGAGCAGCUGCACAGCCCUUCCCACUGCAGAGAAAGGUGACCAAACAGCACUUUGCCUGUGGAAUUUCUGCCUGGCUUCUGCUGCUGCAAAACAGCAGGGGGAACAAAACAAGGCAGCAAGCCUCUGCUGAGAACACAGAAACCUCCGCUCUCGAUUUCCCUCCCCUCCCAGGGCUGGGAAUAGAACCCAGGAGUCCUGAGAUUACCCACGAGGCCUUCUCCACCUGCCCCUGCGGGCACAGGUGGGAGGCAGAGGGACGGGCUGAGCUGCAAUUAAGCCAUCAUGCCCCUCUGGGUUGACAAACCCUGACAAACGCCAAUCAGAUUAGGAGGGAUUAGCAGGAGGAGCAAUCGGCUGGGAUUAGAGGUGGUGGUUGUGGCACAGGCAGAAGCCAUCAGGGUUCGGAAGGGAGCUGAGGGGAGACUGGCAGGGUCCAGACGCAAUCAGCUAUAAGGGCUUUGCGGGCAGAGGGCUCUAAAAACUGCACAGCGGGCAGAAAUUCAACUGGUGCAGCCAUUUCUGGGAAAGCUUCACCUGGUGCACUGCUGCCUGCUAGGCAUUGAAAGCAUGGAGCUUUUAUCAGGAAAAGCAGAAGGAGGGCAGAACUCUGUAUCCGCGGCAGAGCCAGUGCAAAGUCAAAUCCUCUAUUCACCCCCAAAGUGUGACAUUGGGUUGGCUCCCCUUGCUCUGCCUAACCUACCUCUCAGGGUUCUUGCAAAGACUGCCAGAGGGGAAGACCCUCCUACUGAGCCCCCUGAGAGGAGAAAAACAAGAAAGCAUCAGAAAUGAGUGGUAGCAAAAUCAGCAGCAACUAGGCCCCUGACAACCUUCGAAAACCUCCUCCUAACAACAAAGGGAAACGGUAAAGGGAUUGUAUCCGCAAUAUACAAAAUACUACUCCAAAAUCCCGCAAAUCCCCUAGACGCAAUCAAAAAACAAUGGGAGAAUGACAUAGGCUAUGAGAUUAACCCCACUCAAUGGACCAGAAUGUGGUCCAAACCCCCCUUUAAAUCCAUAUCAACGAAAAGAAAAGAACUCACACUGAAACUCACCUACAGGUGGUACCUAACACCAAGGAAACUAGCGCUAAUACACCCAGGAACCUCACCAAAAUGCUGGAGAGGGUGCACCUCCACAGGCACAUACCUCCACAUGUGGUGGGAGUGUCCCAAAAUCCAACUAUUCUGGACAACAGCCAUACAAGAAAUAUGUAAAAUAACUAAGCAAGUAAUAGACAUCACCCCAGAAUUGGCCCUACUAAACAUCUUCCAAGACAACAAUGCCCAUUUACACCACAAAGAACUCAUAACCCACCUCCUCUCAGCAGCCAGAAACACCAUAACCAGACACUGGAGAGACCUGUCAGGAGUAAGCAUGGACCAAUGGUACCAAAUAGUAUGGGAAACAGCCCUACUAGAAAAAUUAACUAAUAAACUGAAACUGACACGGGGACAAACAGAAGAAGACGCCUUCACCCCGGUAUGGCUCCCCUUUAUCACAUACACAGCCCAACAGGACAAUGACAAUAAUCUCCCAACAGCAUACAAAUCAAUAUGGCUAACCUGAUCCAAAACACCCACCCACCUCACUCACACACGAAAACAAAGAUCACCACAGCCAAUCACAAGCAAACAAUCACACCCUAGGCCAACCCCAACCUCUCUCACCACCAAAGGAACACAAGUGAACAACACAAGCAACGCUGACCCCAAACUCUACAUACAUUAAACAUAAUAGAAACACCGCCACCCGACCCCAUCCCUAUCCAUCUUCCCUCUCUCCACCCCCCCUUUCUUUUUUCUUUUCUUUUUUCUUCUCCCCCUAAUGCCUCAACAAAUGAAACGGAUUUGUAAUAAUGUUACAUGAAGAAAAAAAAAAUACGAGGCACUACACUUCUGUAAAACAAGAAAAUCCUUAAUAAAAUAUUUUUUAAAAAGAAAAAAAAAGAAAUGAGUGGUAGCGUUUGGGACUUUUUACUUUAACUGCAGCGGUGUUAAUCUACGGAACUCCCUGCCACAGGAGGCAGAGGCGGCCACCAAAUUGGAUGGCUUUAAAAGAGGAUUAGACAAAUUCAUGGGGGGGGGGCUAUUGCUGGCUUCUAGAGGGCGACAGGUUCCUCACACCGGUACGUAAAUAAAUGCAUGUUCAGUACCCAGAAUCCCCUCUACAAGCAUUGUAUAGUCAGGGUGAGCACAACCCACUUUUAUCGCCUGCACAUCCAUACAUGCUACGGAGAGUGCCUUUGAGCAUGUCAAGAGCGUCACCACGCUGCAGAAACCACAGGCAACAUGCCCGGUGUUGUUUGAGAUAAGAAAACGGGGCAGCUUCGAGGUGCAACACUGGGGGUCCCCAAAGUUUUGAGGGGAAGGGACAUAGAGAGAAGUGGGAGGAACUGCAAAACACCCAUUUGAAAGGAACACCCCCUGAGCAAAAGUCAAAAUGCCCACGCCCAGCCCAAAACAAAUAGAAAGCAGGCACACCUAUACAAUCCCCAACCAGUCAGUGUAGACAAAGGCAAGGUAUAAGUCUAUGUUCCCCUAUGUUGCCAAGGAAGAAUCAUUCCCAUAAUACCAUGAAUGCCAUAGCCUGAGUGACCUACUAAACUGCAUCAUCUAUGACCCAAACUCACCAUCUGCUUAAUAUUUCACAGAGAAAAAAACAUGGGGACAAUUGUGCAAUACCCUGAUUCUCCCAUUAUUAUAUUUUGCCCCAUGUCCCCUUCACACUGUUCCCAUAAUGUGGUUCGGUGAGCAGCGCAUCUCCAAUUCAACCCCCAUCGUCUCCCAGGAGAGCUGUUCCCAUAGAUCGGAGCUCAGCAACCUUUUUCAGCCGUGGGCUGGUCCACCGUCCCUCAGACCAUGUGGGGGGCUGGACUAUAUUUUUUUUGGGGGGGGGGAAUUGAACGAAUUCCUAUGCCCCACCAAUAACCCAGAGAUGCAUUUUAAAUAAAAGCACACAUUCUACUCAUGUAAAAACACACUGAUUCCCGGACCAUCUGUGGGCCGGAUUCAGAAGGCGAUUGGGCCGCAUCUGGCCCCCGGGCCUUAGGUUGCCUACCCCUGCCAUAGAUUAUCAUGAGGACUAGAAUUUUAUGUGUUUCAGCGAACGCCAGAGCUCCUGGGAGGCGGGAUUGAUUCUUAAAGCACUCUGGGAACUGUAGUUCUGGGAGGAGAAUGGGGACCUAACAGCACCCGUAACAAACUACAGCUCCCAGGAUUCUUUGGGGGAAGCCAUGACUGUUUAAAGCGGCGUCAUAGUGCUUUUAACUUAUGGUGUGACUGUGGCCUCAGUGGACAACAGAUGCAGCUUCUGUAACAACGUUGAGGCGGAGUCUAUUUUGCAUGUCCUUCUCUAUUAUAGCUUUUAUGAAGAGGUGAGGAAAGGUUUAAUAUAUCCCAUAAUACAGUCCCUCCCUGGUCCCUCCUCCAAGCUGCAGGGUUCCUAUAAGUCAACCAUUGAUCAGGAGGCAAAGGUUUUGGGCACAGCUAUCCUUAAUAGACUUCUUAGGAUUGACUGAAAAUAUUGCCUGAGUGUCUAGUAUUUUAAUUCUGAUUUUCAGUUGCAUUUAUGUGCAUUCAGUUGUUAUAAAAUGUUGACUGCUGAUAAAGUAAACUUCACUUUCAAUAAGAUUUCUGUUUGGCGAAUUUGGCACGCCAAAAUCUUCAUCCAGAUGUUCUGGACAAUAUCUCCCAUCAAUGUCAAUGGUCAGGGAUGAUGGGAGUUGUAGCACAUCUGCACCUAGAGGAUGUGAGGUUUAGGAAAUACUGCUCAGGAAAUGCAUUUGUUCAUUAAGAGGCAGUGUUGUAUAGUGGUUAGAGAGAUAGAAGAUCCGGGUUCGAAUCCCCACUCAGCCACUAGGCUCACUGGUUGAUCUUGAGCCAGUCAAUACCCUCUCUCAGCCUAGUCUACCUUACAGGGUUGGUGAGAUUAACAGAAAGGGCAGGGUGCAGAAUAAUGUACGUAGGGGCCCUUUAAAAGGUUAGGGCAGGGUACACAUUUAACAACCCAAAUAAUGUAAAUAAAAAUUGCCCAAAUGCAGGAAUAUCCAGCUCAGUUCCAAAUAGCCUGGUUGACAGAGGUUUGGGGUAAUUUAUUCCGGUUUAACUGUGCAUUUGAUGCAAGAUUUAAAGAUAAAUCAGAACUGCAGUGUAUUUAUUUUUCAAAUAACAUGCCCUUUUGCAGCUCGCUGGCAGAGACAAAAUGGAAAUGGAAACUAGAGAAUGUGGAGAUGUUGUGUUCAGAUGUUUUUGCCCAAGUUGUUCUGGAUUCAUUGCUAAUAAUAGUAGUAGCAGUAGUAGUCCAGACUGGAAGGCUGUGGAACAUGAGGAAUCGAGAACUAGAAUUUCAAAGAUGAAGG